AUGGACUCGGAGUUUCCUCCUGCAACUGCUCUAGCGCAGGCAGGCGGGGGUCUUGCGUUAUAUGGAUACAAAAGGGGUACUUUUAAAAUUCCACGUCUAUCAAUUGGGGAGUUGACAGAUCCACUGUUGAGGAACCUCAUUGCCUUUGAGCAAUGCUACUAUCACCAUUCACAUGAAAUAACGUCUUAUGCAUUCUUGAUGAAUAAACUCGUCGCUUCAAGCAAGAACAUGGAGUUUCUUUGCGAGAAACGGAUCAUAGAUAACUGGUUGAACGCUGAAGAUGGCGCCAAACUACUUUAG